AUGGAGGCGAUAGGGUGCGAGGCGGGGAUCGUCGUUGCCGACGUCAUUUGGUUUCCUCUGCUCCUGAAGAAGAAGGAGAGCCUGUGCUGCUGCGUGGCCUCGGCCUCGGUGAACUUUGUGUUUCAGUUCGCCGAAGAAAACAACGCGACGACUGCCAAGCUCCUAUGGACAUUUCGCACGCUGUCGCCCGUUACCUGUCUGCUCUGCGCCGACGCGUCCCUCGUCACGUUUCACAAAGACCUCUCCGUCCUCUUCUUGGCCUUCAACGAGGAAUUCAACGCCCUUCUCAAUCAGACAGGGUUUCUCCAAGCUGAAAAAACUGAUCCUCUCAUGCCGUCGCAGUCUGCGCUUCGCGCGCUGACCUGUCAAGCGGUUGACAGCCGCAUCCGCCAUCCUCUCCUCGCUGCGGAGGCUCCCUGCCAGGCGGUCACCUCGAUGCUGUUUCUGGUGAAGACCAAAGGGGCUCUUGACCUGGCCGCGAGAGAAAACGCCACAGACUCAAGCACCGCUUUGCAAGCUGAAUCUAGCCAGCUACCAACUGAUCUGCAGGGAGCAGCCAGCCAACGGGCUUCUACGCUGAGUCUGCAGGAAGGCGAGGAUGAACUCGAUGGCGAGGACGCAGAAACUGUGAAUCUGGAAACCGAGCUCGUGGGGAUCGUCGCGGCUCGCCCUGUUGCUGGGCUGGUGCUCGAGGCGCUUCAGACCUCCGCGGAGACAUACGAGAUUCGCAUCGUGACGGCGACGCGCACGGGGGUCGUCAGAUCAUGCACCGUGCAGGUCCCUGCCACCUCCGGGCUGCCCGCGGCGCCCUCGACGACUCGCUGCGUCCUCGUGUCUCACUUACAGCUUCCCUCGAGCCUGAGCUGCCUCGCGUCGGGUCGGCAUCCAGCCCUGGGCACGGUGAUUCUCUGCGGAAGUGAGAACGGCGUCCUGCGGUGGCUGGACCUCGACGCGACGAGCCUCGUGAAGGAGAUCAGGGUCGCCACGGACCCCGUUAUAGCUCUUCUGGCUUGUCCAGAGCCCCAGGAGGCUGCGGAGGCGUCGCUGCUCUGGGCGGCGCUCUGCGGCGAGGGUACCCUCGUCUUCCUGCGUGCGGCAGACCCGCGAACUCUCUGCUCAGGAGGCGCAAGAGACCUGUUGCCUCUCGGCAUCGUGUCUCUCGCCGCAGCGCUGGAAGGCGAACAAAAGGACGCAGGCGCCGAGGAGGCGGCAGGGAGACGCUUGUAUUCAGAGGCGGCGAAGCGGCAUGUGGGCAAGCGACUGCUUCUCACUCGCUCGCUCGGCUGGAUGCAGCACGCGAGCCUUCUCAACGCGGAGCCGCCGCCAGGCUCCGCCGCUGGAUGGAUUGUUUCGUGCGGAAGCGUAUUGAGGGCAGAGGCCGAGGAGGCGCCACUGAAUGCACUAUUUUUCAUCUGUGCCCCCCCCGCCGCCUUCCUGCCGCACAACGCAGAUCUCGCAGAAGUUUGUCCGCUCAGGGCUGUAAGACUCGCCUGCGUGCCCUCCGCUCUCUGCGUCGUCGGCAAGGCGCUCUUCGUGGCGACGGCCGCGGGCGAACUCUUGGGAUUUUCUGGCGCCCAGUUUGUCUCGGAGUUGAGUCACCCGCGUCGCGGCACUUCUCGUCCCCUCGCAGACAAGCCCCCCGCCGCGCCACUGUUUUUAGUCCGUGUAGCCUCGUCGCCUCUCCGCACGCUGGCGGUCGCGACUCCUCCCUCGUCGUCGGCAUCGCGGCGUUCUUCUCAUCCCGAUUCCGCAUCCGCGGUCGCUAUUGCUACCUCGAUGGAUGGAAGCGUCUACGGGGUCCAGCUGCCGCUUCUGAGGCCGAGAAAGGCCGCGCAGUUCGAGGAGUCUCUUUCCGUCGCGGAACCCGUAGCUGGCGAGGGCGAUGCGCCCCGGCCGUCGCGGCCGUCUUCCUCAGAGACGGAGUCUCGACACGCGCUUCCGCAAGUCUGCUGCAGAGUCCUCUGGUGCCGCGCGUCUCGCGCCUGUCUUCCGGAAUCUCUCACUGCUGCCGUAGGAGCGGCGCUCCCUGCUUCUGAACGCAACGCCGAGGCGGUUGUUUUCGUGGCAAGCGCCGGCGACGACGGGCUCCUCCUUUGGCGCGAGCGAGGAGGCGGCGGGGCGUCUGAAACACACGCAGAGACAGAGCCGCCUUCCGGCGCUGAGGCCGCGCAGCGGACACGCGGGCGACAAGGCGGCAUUAGCUUCCAGUCGCAGAUCGCAGCGACGGUUGAAUACUCGAGCGAUGUCGGUGCGGCGCCCGCGGGGGAUGAUGUGGUGAAACGGCCGCGGACUUUAGGCACUCCAGAUGCUUCUCUGGAGGUCUCGAAGCCUGUGAAAUUGCCAGCCGCCUGGGAGGAGCUAUGGGCCUGCGGCAGGAAUGAGAGAUUGGCGAGGGAAGUUCAACGCGACAAAGAAGCUUUGCAAAGCGAGAUGCAGAGUCUGCGUAAGGCGCUGAGGAAGCUGAUUGAAGAGAACGAGGUGCGUGGAAGCGCAGAGGCCGUCCCACGCGAGGCGUUCUGUCUGGAUGCGGACGCCCGUCGGCGAAUCCAAGAGACGCUAGAGGCUGACCUCGAGCGCUUUCAGAAGGAGACCGAGCUGCAACGGCUAGUUUGCAGCGCCCUCCGCGAGCGCUUGACUGAAAAAAUUUGGAAAAAGAUGCGAAGACCGGGGCGGGCCCUGGCGGCGAUCGCAGAUGCUGACAGUGCCGUGGAAUUCGUCAGAGACUAUCCCUUGCAGGCGACAGAUGCGACCCGACUGGACGAAAAGCUUGUCUUUCUGAGGAAACUGGAAAAGAGAGAGGAGGAGUGGCUUCGCCGCGCGGCGGCCGAGGACCGUGCGCUCAUGCGGCUGCGGUUCGACGAUGCGGUCGCAACUGCGUCCACGCAAAACCUCGAGGAAGAAUACAUCACGCACGCCAGGGCAGGCGACGGUGAGCAGGCGCCGCUAGUCGCGGCGGGGGUGCGCGGCGCCGAGGGAGACUCUCUCGCUCGGUGCGGGGGCUGGCUGGCGAGCGCGGAGAAGACCUUCGCGCGCGUUACGAGCUUGCGUCGUUUGCUCUAUCCGCCGCUGGAGGUUCUCUCGACGUCGCGCCGCCGAAUUCAAAGCUGCUUGCUCAACCGAGUCGCUGGCGCGUUGCGCGAGGCCUUCAACGCGUUGUUCGACGCUGCCGUGAGCGACAAGCGAAGAACUGUUGAGCAAAUCAACCAGAAAGUGAAGCAGGCGCACGCAGUUGCGGAGGAACUCAAAUGCGACCCCGGCGUCUCGUUCUACGCGGCUCCCAGCUGUGAAGACCCAGAGGCGAUUCUCAAGGUCUCCGCGGAGGAAGUGCGCGCGGAGUUGGGCUACCUGCCCUCUUGGUUUUCUCUCGAGGCGCAAGAAGAGGAAGCCGAGCAGAGAGAGAGCGUCGUGGACGAGGCCGCCGCGCGAGCCCUGCAGCAGAUGAUGGGCGGGCGUCUUCAGAACAAAACGGACACGAGCACACUCGAAAUGCAAAUCGAAAAAGAGAGGUGGAUGAGCAGCGUCAAGCCGGAGGAGAUGACUGAAGCCCAGAAGAAGGCGGUUGCCGACUACGAAGAGAAAGUGGCGCAGAUUCAGGCCCUGCAGGACGCACACAGAAAGAAGCUCGAGGCAGACCUCCAUCGGCUGAAAGAGGAGAUCCGCGAGCUGAAGCAGACGUUCGGCGUGCGGUUUCAGGAGCUUCAGGCGAAACAGAGACAAUUCGACGCCGAGAUCUUGAAGCAGGAGCUCUACAGCAUGCGGAUGGCAACCUGGAUAAACUCGAGCUCAGAUCGAGCAGAGUCGCUGGAACGUCUCUUGCGGCGCCUGCAUCUGCACUCGCGGCAGUCCACCAAGACGCGCAAGGCGCUCGCGGAAGCCGCCGCGAAAUGCCAAGCCCUAGAGAAGCAGCAGCACGAGCUUCUGCAAGAAGGAAAAGAAACUGUUGCGGCGCUGCGGGCCUCUCUGCUCCAGGCGCAGCUUCCGCCAGAGACCUACAGCGCCUUCAUGGCGAUUUUCAGACAGAGACGGAUGCUAUCUGAGUUGCCUUCGUCGGCGUUGAGUAGGACGUCUGCCUCGGGAGACGUGACGCCGCGGAGUGCAGCGGAGCGCGAAUCGCUCCAUGGCGCUGAGGCGGCCUCUGACGCGCUGGACGUCAAGUGUCCCGAGGGAGGUCCUGAGUCGGUGUUUAGGAACGUCCUCCAAGCGCGCCAAGAGAAGAGCAACGCAGAGAGCCGCUUAGCCGCCACGGUCGCUGCAUUCGACGAGCGGCGGCGCUACAUGAGCUACUUGCAACAGAAACAGGAACGGGAGUCGCUGGUUGAAGCAGCCCUAGUUGAGAGAAUCGCAGAGGAGCGGCAGGCACUCGAGAUCCUCGAGCUCGACGUGAAGCUCCUGAUGGAGCUGAAGCAGGGCCACGUGGAAGUGACUUCAGGGACUCCAGUGACGACGUAUGAAGACGCAUGCGUUGUCCAUAAGGAAGCCAUUGAUCGCUGCAACAACGCAAUUCUCGCCAUAGGAAAACAAAAGAUCCAUACCCUUGAGAUGAUCAAGGCGUUCCGCAGAAAAAUCGUUUUGCUCGACUGGGAGAAGCGUGUCCUCGAUGCGGAGGCACGCGACGUGGAAGAGCGGACGAGGGAUGUGCAUAUGCUGAGAAUCACGAAAGCAAUCCAGAAGUACCUGACAUCUGCGGCUCAGCAGCGCGGGAAGAGGCUGCAGGACGAGAAGGAGAAAAACCCGAAAAAGAAGACUUCGGCAAAGUUCGCGACACCCGACGCCUCACGGGCUGAGCUGCCUCUUGUUCCGCCGCCCCCCGCGCCAGACGCCACGCAACGCAACUCUCCGCUUGAUAUUCUGGAUAAGAAGAUACGCGAGUUGCAGAAGGAAAUCAAGAGAAAGGCAUCUGAAAAUGCUAGCCUCGAGCAAACCGCGAAGGAGCUUCAGCAACGCGCCCUCAGCAAGAAGCUGAAGCUUACGAGAGAGACUCUCAUUCCUCGGACUAAAGAAGGCAGUCCUGACGAAGGUGCGUCGGAAAUCCCUCAGCGAAAUUCUCAGUUUUGCGGCCUGCAGUAUGUACGCCGGCUUGAGAAUGCCGCCCGGCGUUACACAGACGAGAUCGAAGAGCUCCGCGACGAGCUUAAGAGACUUCGAGCGCGCACGAUUCCCAUGUUUGAAGUGGAAAAGUAG